CACAGUCUGAGGCUCCCAGGCAAGAUGUUCAAGAAACGUAAAACCUCUAAUAUUAGGCAACGACGAUUAAGUGAAGAUGAUGGUGGGGGAGAAAGUGAUGCUAUGGCUGUCGCUAGUACUGAUGAUAGUAAUUCCAACUUCGCCACUACCAUCAAAAAAGAGAAAAAGAAGGCAAAAGAGAAGGUUGAGCCAAAGAAGCAAUCUAUCUUAAGUUUUGAAGACGAGCUUGAAGCUGAUGAUGGCAUCAUCUUCCAGGAAAAGAAGUCUAGUUUAAGCUACAAGCUACGGAAAGAAAUGAAAAAGGAGAGAAAGGAAAAGCGAAGAGAAGAAAAGGAGAAACAGAGACAAGCAGAAGGGAAAGAUAAAUUUCGAGAUAAAGACAAGAAUGGAGGACCAACUGUGUCGGAAUUGGAUGAGCUUGGUAUAAGAAUAGUAAAUGGUCGAGAAGCAGAGAGUAUUGGUGCCAAGCCUGGAGAUUCUGACGAUGAAUCUGGUACACCUGGGAAGCACAAAUUCAAAUCCAAAAAUAUGAGGACGGCACAAUCCUUGGACCCAUGGAAAAAGAUGCUUCAAAGUGGUCAGAUUCCUGAUGCCAAUAUGAUACAUGCUAUCCGGAAACAAAGACAACAGGCCAGAGAGCAAGGAGACGUGAUUCCGUUGGAUGAAACCGUCAGAGUUGAGGAAACAAAAGGUCGUCUUGUACGUGACGAUGAUAAUGACCGCAGUGAUGAUGAAGAUGGUGAGUCUCGAAUGGAUUUCUCUGUUAACCAGCAGGCACGAGACCGGCAACAGCGGCAAGAGGCAUUUGAUGCAGCUCAAGAGGGCGGUAGUGAUAACAGCGAUCAUGAACGGGAAUGGGAGAAACAGCAGUUAAUGAAGGCUGGAGCAAAUGCAAAGGUGGCUGCAGUUGGCGAUGGAGAAUUGAACCAAGAAGCUGGCGACCCCACUGCCAUUCAGUACACCCCACUUGAUAAUGGAGCAGCUCUUGGGAACCAGGACCAGAAGCUGUGGGGCACUGAGACACUCAUCCCUGCAUCCUCUGCAUCACUUCCUCGCCCAACCAACUACCAGGCAGAAGGGAUCAUCAAACGACUCCAGGACAGCCGUGCAAGUCUUGAGGAGGUUUACCGGCGGCACCAGACAGAGGCGGAUACUAUAAUAGAUGAUCUGGUAGCAUGCAAGUCGACCAUAACCCGCUGCAACCUGGAGCAGCAUCCCUUGACCAGCAUCUUCCAGUUUUAUCAAGAUAUCCGUGGGUAUGUCACUGACUUAAGAGACUGUCUGAAUGAAAAGGUCCCAGAUAUCAGCGCUCUAGAGGAUCAGGUGUAUAUUCUUUACCGCCAGCGAGCACAGAAGGUGGUACAGCGCCGACGACAGGAUGUCAGAGAUCAGAACGAUGAAUUUUCACCGUUUGCAGGAAAAGGUGCUACUGGUGAUGAAUAUCGGACAAGGAGAGCAGCGGAACGGGAAGGUCGCCGCACUCGCAGACGGAGAGAGCGGGAGAAGAAAGGGGAUGUCAAUCAUCACGAUGGGAUGUCAACUGAUGAUGAAGAGUCACAGUCAGAAAUACAACUCAUGCAGUCUGAACUAGAACACAUUGCCUCUGAAGCACGCAAAAUAUUUGAAGAUGUAGAAGAUGACUUCUCUCAGUUAAAACGCAUCAUGGCAAGGUUUGAGGAGUGGCGUAGUAAGGAUGGCCCCACAUACUCAGAUGCUUAUGUGUCCUAUAAUUUACCCAAAAUAUUUGCUCCCUAUAUAAGACUUCAGAUCUUAUUAUGGAAUCCACUAAUGAGAGAUAGUGACGGUAUAGAAGUUGAACGAAUGAAAUGGUUUAACCUUCUCCUUCUCUAUGGUACAAAUGAUAACUCAGAGGACGAUCCUUCGCGUUUGAGGGAAGAUCCUGACCGCAAGCUCAUGUCACAUCUUGUAGAAAAAGUAGUUUUGGUAAAACUAAAAGAAAUUAUUGGGUGUUGGUGGGACCCUUUAUCUCACAUACAAACGGUGAGGCUUGUCAACAUGGUGAGACACUAUGCAGAGGCCUACCCAAGCUUAGGUCCAACUUCUAAAACCUUGAAAGAUCUCACUCACGCCAUCAUCUCUAAGAUCAGAGAUGCAAUAGACAAUGAUAUUUUUAUUCCAAUGUUUCCUAAAAAUGUAUAUGACAAUAAGAACUCGGGAGUGAGCCUGUUCUUUCAGCGACAGUUUUGGGUCGCCUGGAAACUUUUAAGUUCUACGCUAAUGUGGCACAAGGUCUUGAGUGAUUCAGUUAUUCAUGAUCUAGCUGUUCGAUCCCUUCUUAAUUUGUACCUGUUACCAGCACUCAACUUAGCUGCUGAGAUCAAUCCCUCCGAUGCACUUGAUAAGUGUAGAAAUGUAAUCAAUGCACUGCCCCGUGCCUGGGUAAAAAGUGAAGGAACUCAUGUUUUUCUUGGCCGUCUUGAAGAUUUUCUGAUCAAGCUUGCUGAAAAGCUUGAUCCAGCUGCUCAUUCUCCUGCCCUAAAGGAGGUGUGUGACCUCUUGAAAUCCAUUGGUGCACAGACCCAAUCUGACAAGAUAGCCUACAAGUACCUGUAAUCAUUAAGGAAAAAUUUUUAUAUUAGGGACCGGUUUCAGUGUAAUUGUAACUAGUAAAGAUAUUGUUAUUUAUAUCAUUAAUUACAUGUACUGUAUUUUCAUUAUUAUUAUUAUUCAUAUUUUUUAAUAUUAUUAAAUUAUCAUAAAGAUUUAAUAUUCAUCAACUUACUGUGUAUCCAUUCUUCAUUUUCUACUAGUGAAAUUGAUGUAUGAAUUACUGUACAUCUCUAAAUUAUUUUUGUUAUAUUGCAAUUACUGUAUACAUAUGGAUCAUUUGAAGAUGUAUGUACUUGCAUGUGAUUUUAUUGCAUAAAACUCAUAUUUGGUACAAAAUAUCCAAAACUAAUCUUCAUAUACCUUGUACAGUACAAGAAAUUGUAUGUGCUAGUAGUUGGGGCCCUCAGAUUUUUUUUAUUUAUUUAUUUAUUUUAUUUUUGGAUGGGUGCAGCAAAAACAAGAAAAACUAAUGACAUGUCAAAAUUCAGUAGUUCAUCAUCAUCUGUCCAGUAUAAUAUGAAUUCCUGGAAAUAUAUAUUUAAUUUUUGUUUAUCUGUGGAACUAAAACUUAGUAGGUACUUGUAAUUUAACAUAGCAUGUUACAAUGCCAGUUUUUCUUUUUUAAUAAUUUUUCCAGAUUCAGUUUCAACAAAAUGGUCUUUCAUUCUCAUACAAAGUUCAGUAUAUACACACACACACACACAGUGACUCAAGGUAGCUGUGAAUCAGUGCACAUUCUUGGUCUGCUGGAAAUAAGGUAGAAAAUGCCUCAUUUGUUUCCAUUAUAACAUGUGUACUCGUGCGAGUUUUCGUACAAAGUGUCUGUAUUUUGUAGAGCAGUCUUCCCACAUGUAGAGGAGGGUGAGGUACACAGUCUCCCCACAUGUAGAGGAGGGUGAGGUACACAGUCUCCCCACAUGUAGAGGA